UCACAAACGUUUCGCACGCGCAACCAGCAACUUGCAACAGUCGCAGUUGGCCAGUCAAAAGGCAUAGUAUUCUAACGAAAAUUCGUUGAUUUUCAAACAAAAAAACUCAAAACAAACUUACCAGCCAGAGCGGAGGACAAAUUAUUGCAGUGCAAUUAAGCAAAGGCCGCAGGAGUAGCAAAAAUAUAUCUUAAUUGCAGAAGCAAUUAAUAAUUUGCAUUCCAGAAACUUUUGGCGCGUAAAGCAGUUCCUUUGGGGCUUCAGCAUUCGCUUUUACUUUUUCUGUGUUUAAGGCAGUAAUAACAGCAACAAAAAAUAUGUCGAUCUCUGACUUCCGUAAGAAGAAAUUGCUCUUCCUGUUCAACGUUUUCUUUGAUGUCAAUCAGAGUGGCGAAAUCGACGUUAAAGACUUCGAAUUGGCCAUUGAGCGUGUGUGCCAACUACGUGGCUGGGCAAAGGAUACACCCAAGAAUAAGGAGAUUCAUGCGGUGAUGUUGGAAAUCUGGGAGGGUCUGCGUUCCAAAGCUGACAAGGACAACGAUGGACAGGUUUCUGUUGACGAGUGGUGCAACAUGUGGGACGUUUACGCCAAGGACCCCAGCAGCGCCAUGGACUGGCAGACAAAAUAUAUGAACUUCAUGUUUGAUCUAGAAGAUGCUUCGACUGAUGGCAGCAUCGAUGUAGAGGAGUUCGCUUUAGUCUGCUCCAGCUAUGGGUUAGAGAAGUCUGAGUGCGAGAAUGCAUUUAAGAAAAUGGCGCAGGGUAAGUCGGAAGUUUCGCGCGACCAAUUCGCUACUUUAUGGAAGGAAUACUUUGCCUCAGAGGAUGUUAACGCGCCAGGAAACUUCAUCUUCGGCAAGACCUCAUUUUAACGCUCUAAAACUUGCUCAGCUGGUCGAUGAGCUCAUAGCCAAUAACCAGCUAUUAAUUUCUUCAAAAUGUUUUUACGGGCAAUAGUUGAAGGUACACAAUGGGGCGAAGUAAAAGAUUUAAUUGGUAUUAAUUUUUAAGUGUUAAUGUUGAGAUAUGCCCCUGAUAACAGAAUGAUUAAAAAAAUGAAGUAAAUUAAUAAAUAUUUAUUAAAAAACACAUAAAAAAAUAUUGAAAGAACGUAUCGUGAAUUAAUCAAAUUUUGGGGUAUUCAACACUUUUAGUCAGUCAGUAAUGGGAAAAAGCAAUAUUAAGAGAAAAGUUUGCAAGUUUUGAUGCGCUUUAGGGCCCAUUUGUGGAGAAUUAACCGAAAAGAUACUUUAAAAAAUCAAAAAUCAAAAAAGCGUACAACUUUAUUUAAAACAAAAAAAUAUAUAUGAUUCCUGAUCAAUGUGCUCAACUAUAUAUAUCUACAAAUUAAAAAAAAAUAUACAUA